ACACAACCCAACAUGGCCGACACAACAGAACAAGAGCCCGCACAAGCCACCAUGGCCAAACCCAAACCCCCCUCCGAGGAUGCGCCCUCAGACUUGAAGCCAACCGCCACAGAAGUCACAUCCACAGAAGCUUCCACCGACCCCAAAGCUGCCCUCGCAGCCCGCAUGGCACGCUUCAAGACGCUCCAAGCGCAAAAAGAAAGCGGCCGCAAAGCGACAGAGCGCGAAGUCCGCGACGCCGAAGACCGCUCAGAACGCCUAGCGAAACUCUCCAAGCUGGCCGACGCGCACACCAAAGCAUCCUACAAGCUGCUGAAAACCGACGACCCGGACUUCGAGCGCAAGCGAAACUGGGACUACACUGUGGAGGAAAGCGAGAGCUGGGACAAGCGGCUAGCGAAGAAGGCGCGGGCGCGGGACAACAAUGCGUUUGCGGAUUAUAGAGGAGAGGCGAAUAAGGUGUACAAACGCCAAGUUGGGCAGAUGUCGAAAGUUGACCUUGCGGCGUAUGCGGAGGAGAAAGCGACAAAGCUCCAGCGACAAGUCCAAUCUGGGUUGUUGCAGCUCGUGGAGACAGAUUCGGGGGAGAUCUACACGGUCGACCCGAAUGGGCGUAUCAACACGGCAGUCGAAGAGGAGUACAGUCACGAUCACAAGCCGAGCAAGGAAGCAAUCGACCGACUCGUUGGAGACAUUGAAAAGGGCGAGAAGGCGAGGCUGGAGGCGAGGAGGAAGCGAGGCAUCAGAGAUGAGCAGGACCAGGGCGAUGUUACCUACAUCAACCAGAAGAACAAGCAGUUCAACGACAAGCUGGGACGCUUUUACAACAGGUACACGACGGAGAUCAGGGAGAGCUUCGAGAGAGGAACGGCCAUAUAGCAGCUUGGCGGGGAGGAAGAUGUUGUUGGAGAAGAAGACGGAGAUACCCAGGCAUUGUAUGAUUGGAAACGGCGUUAUUGAGACCAGGAAAGCAUGACUUGAAAGGCACAGUGGCUGCAUGGAUAGAGUUGCACGUCUGAAAUUAGACUUGUUGGUAUCGCACAUUGGUAUCAUUCGUC